AAUAUAUAAUAAGGCAUCCAAAAUCCAUUAUUUAAAAAGAUAAUGUUUUUUAUAAUAUAAACAAUCCAUGUAUUAGGGUGAAAAAUACUAUAAAAGAGAAUAAAAUCAGUAUAUUGUAAUAACCAAAACCAAAGGGAAUUGAGAGAGUGUGAAGAAAUGGAUUUGAAUGGAAAUGGAAAUGGAAAUGGGAUUUUAAAAGUUGUGGACAACGUUGAAGAGAGUGAUGUUUCAUUUGUUCGUAUAAUUUGGGUUAAUCAUUCAGGACAAUACAAAUGUCGUGCUAUUCCUAGAAAGUAUUUCUACGAAACAGUUACGAAGAAUGGUGUUGCUUUACCACCUGUGACUAUGGUAAGGACUUCUUUAUUGGAAAAACCUGCACCUGGUUCUGGUGUCGAUUUUGUUGGUGAAGCAAGACUAACACCUGAUUUGUCUACUAUAAAAACAAUUCCAUGGUGUAAACAAGAUGAAAUGGUUUUAGGAGAUCUGAAUGUUAAACCUGGUCAAGCAUCAGAACAUUGUCCAAGAGAGACUUUUAGAAGAGUUACCAAAAUUCUCAAAGAUGAAUUUGACUUGAUAAUAAGUACAGGAUUCGAGGUUGAGUUUUAUCUUUUAAAGAGCAUAAUAAGGGAAGGAAAACAAGAAUGGGUAGAAAUUGACUCUAGUCCUUACUGCUGUACAUCAGCAUUUGAUGUUGCUUGCCCAAUACUUCGUGAAAUUGCAUCUGCUUUGCAAUCCAUAGGCAUUCAAAUAGAACAGCUACAUGUAGAAACUGGAAAAGGUCAAUUUGAGGUGGUUUUGAAGCAUACCAUUUGUAAUAAAGCUGUAGACAAUUUAGUUUACACACGUGAAAUUAUUAAGGCAAUUGCUAGGAAACAUGGCUUGCUCGCAACUUUUGUUCCAAAGUACAACUUAGACGAUGCGGGUUCUGCAUGCCAUGCACAUCUAAGCUUAUGGCAGAAUGGAAAAAAUGUGUUUAUGGCAUCUGAUGAAUCAUCAAAAUAUGGAAUAUCAACUUUGGGAAAAGAGUUUAUGGCUGGAAUUCUAUAUCAUCUUUCUUCUAUUUUGUCAUUCAUAACACCUCUUCCAAUCAGUUAUGAAAGGUUACAAUCGACCACAUGGGGUACGUAUUUGUUUUGGGGGAAUGAAAAUAAGGAAGCUCCACUGCGAGCUGCAUCUUCGUUUGGAACACCCGAUGGUUUGAAGAGUAAUUUUGAGAUUAGGUUAAUAGAUGGUUGUGCAAACCCAUACUUUGGCUUAUCGGCUAUAAUUGCUGCUGGCAUUGACGGUCUUCGUCGACAUCUUACUCUUCCUGAACCUAUUGAUAUACAUCCAGAUCUAGAAACUCUUGAAAGAAUUCCAAAAUCACUUUCUGAAUCAUUAGAAGCUCUCCAUAAGGCCAAAUUCCUUGAGGAAUUUUUUGGUAAUAAGUUGCUGACUGCCAUAAAAGCAAUUCAAAAGGUCGAAAUUGACCAAUACUCGAAGAACAAAGACGCAUACAAACAACUCAUUCAUCGAUAUUGAUUUUGAAGAAUUAGUGUCAUUUUGGAUUUUCUAUUUAAAAAUUUAUCUGAGUUUAGUUUUGUAUUUUGUGGUGUGGUUAAUAUCGUUAAUUUUGGAUUCUUUGUUUAAAAAGUUAUUUGAGUUGAGUUUUGUAUUUUGUGGUGUGGUUGAUAUCAAAGUCUAGAAUGACCUUAUUUACAAUUGGAUUCUGAAUGUUGAAUAAUUGAAGGAUUCUAUUAAGUUCCA